ACUCUGCAGUGAUGUACUUGAUUUCAGCUUCAUGGAAUUGCUUUUUUCCCCUUUACAUUUUCCUUGCCGAGCUGGUUGUAUUCAGCUCAGAAAAACUGCAGAAGAGUCUUUUAAAGUCAAAGCAGUUAUCAUUUUCAAGGAAAGUCUGUCACUGUGGAAAGAUGACCUGGUUGCCUUUUUUCUCAGUGAGUAGUCUGGGAUUGAAUUUGAUGUGAAUGGAGUGAGCUGUUAAAGAGAGAGCCAUCGGCGGCUGUCGACAGAAAGUCAAGGGUGUCCACUGUAUUUUGCAUGGGUCAGCUUUGCUGCAGUUAUGUCAGAUAGCGCUGAUGACCCUCUGGUGCUGCUGGAGAUCCUGGAGGUGCUGGGUGUGUGCCGUGGCCGCCUGUCGUAUGCAGACGUGUGUGUGUAUCUGAGUGGACGCUAUGAGCUGCAGCCGCUGCUGGAGCUGCGCAGUCUCCUGUAUUCCACAGCCUGCCGUGACCCAUGUUUUCCUGCCACUCUGUUCCGUGAGCGGCUGCACCCCCCCUGCAGUAACCGCCUGUCUGCGGCUGCUGAUGUGGUCUCACUCUUCAACCUGCUCACACACACACGUCUGCCUCCCUCGCAUACACACGCUGACCAGUCCCAGGCCACUUGCCUGGCCUGCGGUCAGGGAUGUCCUCGCUGUGAUUGGCUACAAGCAGGGGGUGGGGCUAUAGCCCCAGGCUCUAAAUACGAGGGCUCCACUGAAGGACUGAUCAGAAUGAACGCUGAGGUCUUGCACACACAGACUCCAUCACACUUUCGUGCUCACACGCACCCUGCCUCACACACACUCAACCAAGACAGCAUGCAGAGCACGCAUUCCAUUGACAUUCCUGGUGAAUGCACGAGGAACCAGGAGUCAUCCAGCAAGGUCUCGGCUGCUGGUUCGGAUGCGGAGCCUAUUUACUCUUGUGCUCAGAAGAGGAGCAUGUUUAAGGGGGAGUUCCACAACUUAUUACCGUUUGUCCCUAUGGAAAGCAACAGGCAAUCAGAGCAAGCCCAGGAAGGAGUCACAGAUGGGGGGGAGGACGUCCCCUUCCGCACCUACAAGAAUCCGUAUCCUGAUUCUACUGUGUACCAACAUGACUCUGCAACGCACUUGCAUGAUGCACCAACACAUGCGCACCAUCUUUCAACACAUGUGCAGGGCCAGGCUGCAAACCCCUAUGUGCAUGCUACACAGACAAAUGACAUGCUAACACAUUCACAAGGGCCUGCCAUGCCAAUGCAUGAUCCACAUGUGCACACACAUGCACCCGUCGCACAAAUGCAUGCUCCUUCCACAAAUGUACACCCUACUGCACAGACUUCCUUUGACCAGAAGCACAAAAGUCUCGAUGACCUGCAAAGCUCCACUUACUUUGGGCCGACAGUGAUGGAGAGAAGCCACCAGAGUCCAGCCAUGGCCACCAAAAGCCACAGUCUGGACAUUGACAGCAGGCCUGAGGAAGAGGAAAAGUCUGGACUAGAUAAAAACAAAGCACGGAGACCUGGAUCUGAAAGGUCUGUGCUGGAUAAAUCUGGAUUAGCUAAACCUAAAUUAGCUAAACUUAGCUUUGAUAACAGUAGCUUUGACAUUCCAGGCUUCGACCCAUUCAUCGUCAGGUCAGUACGGGACACGCUGAAGCGUCUGAGCGGGCUGAGUUUGGAUGCGUGGUAUGAUUGUUCUCCGGGUGAUGGCGUGUCUAAUGUGGCCACUCAGACAGACCCUCCUGACCGCCGUGCCCUGAGAAGCCUCAUGCUAAGCGACAAACUUUCCAUAGAUAAUCCCGAUAUUGGUGAGGACGACAUCAGUGCCAUCUUCCGUUUCCUGGACGACAUUAGUAUGUGUGGUUCAAUGGCGGUGCUACCUGGAGAAGCGGGCGGAAGUCAGGAGGGAGGUGGGGCUGGGUUGCCAGAGCGACGGGAGCGUUUGGGGAAGCUCCGGCGGCUCUUCCACUCUCUGGAGGGCCCUGAGGAAGGGGUGCGGUGGGGUGUAGGCCGGCUGCUGCAGCGGGUCACAGAACUGGAGCAGCGGCUGGAGCCUAUCUCGGAGCUGCGGGAACAGCUGGCAUUGGUCCUCGCCACACUGAAUCGAUUGGAGCAAAGAGGAAAACUAGUGCACACACACUCAGAGCAGCUGUGCGCACACCACCAGGCUGCACAGGGCUGUAUGCCAAGCGCUCAGCAGCAGCAGCAGGGAAGCCCCAGGCCUAACCCAGAGCUGGAGGGGGCUGAGGGGGCCGCAGCCAAACGCAGAGGUCUGUUCACACGCAGGGCCUCCAGGAGCCACACAGAGAGCAGCGGCUCCGAACAGCAGCGUGAGUGGAGCGUCAGCUACAGCAAAGAACAGCACACAUGUCCUGCUCAGGCAGAGCAGCAUGACAGACCGUGUAAGAAAGAGGCCCAUGCUGCGCAGGAGAGAAGAAAGAGUUCUCACCUCAUCCCUGAAGCCCACAGAGCUCCACUGCACAGCUCCAUGCAGAGCUCUAACCUGCGCCUCACUGACCGCCCCAAAGUCUCCUGGAGCCAGACAGAGCUGACACCCUUUGACUUACAGGCCCCCGAGUCUCUGGACUUCUGGAUGGAUGACGUUUACACUCCGGCCUCAGACACACUCCUGCGGCGCUCGCAGUCCCUCACACGCUGCAGCAGGAACCAAACCUAUCGCAUUACUGCACUCAGUGUCACUGCCACCGUCAUCCUCAUCCUCAUCAUCGUAAUCCCAAUAUGCACUGCAUAACGCUCACACACAAACUCUCUGUCUCUCUCUCUCUCACACACACACCCACACAGACACAUCCUAAUAUAUAAAUACAUGCACACAUUUUAAUUAAUCGAAUUAAUACAUUCUGUCAUUCUGCACUGCAUUAUUUUUAUGCUAAUUUUGAAGCAUGACUGCAAAAUCAGUUUAAAUGGGUGUUUACCCCACUGUAUAGUAUAGACCUACUGUAUAGACCUACUCUUCACUAAAUAAAUUUUGCUAAAACUCUGUUGGAUUGCAUAGUCUGAUGUUGUACUCUAUACAGCCUGUGUAUUGCCUAAAAUGAUAAAAAUGUGUUUCCAAAUUGUGCAGUAAAUUUACACAAUUUUAUCAACAGACUGUCAACAUAAUACAUAAUAAUACCUCUAUGUGAAGUAGACCAUGGAUAGCCACUGUCAUUUUGUCAUGUCUUGCUCCUGUUUGAGUUUCUUCUCUGCUCUCUCUUCUAAAAGUGACGCUAACGUCAUGUAAAGUUAUAUAAUGUCCCUGGGUCCCCAGUGAUCCUACAGCCA